CCCACCUGGCGGCUAUGGACAUUACAAGCUUCGUCGUCGGUCAGCGCGACAGCGCCCUGCUGCUGGGCGACUACAACACCUAUCGCCAGCAGCUGUCUCGCCGCUUGCUCACCCUCCGCAAACGCCUGGGUCGCACCACGCCGAAAAACGCCAAGUACUCCCCGAAGGCACCCAUCACUGCUGAAGACAUUGCCGGGAGCCACGAUUAUGUCCACCUCCAGAUCCUUACCAGUGAGCGUGCCUGGGCCCAUGCCAUGCACAUGAAGUCCACCCAUUCCGAAGAAAAUGCCGACAACGGCAUCACUGGUUCGACGCGCAAGCACAUUAUCUCCCGUCUACACAAGGCUGCCACCACGGCCAACGAACUUGUUUCUUUGCUAUCGGACCAGACAGUAACUGGAGCGACCGAUGUCGAUCUGUUGGAAGCGCAGGCCUAUGUCUAUUCCCUGAGUGGCGCCGAAGAAUUCGAGAAACAGGCUGAAGGUAUCAGGCCCGGCGAGGGACAGGAACAAAGAUGGAAAUCUUGCCUGGUCCAUUAUUCCGCGGCGCGUAUCAUCUACAAUGCUCUACUGCAAUCCACGAAGAAGGAUCUGUUCAAGGAGAUCCUGGCCAGCACCAUUGAUCCCAGUAUCCGCUACGCCGCAUACCAAUCACGCCUACCUCGCACCUUGGCCGUUUCUGUCGUAGCUCGUCAAUACUUUCCUCGCGACAACUCCGCUCUAGCAUCCGCUGUUGAGAAGCAGUUCCCCGAUGCUCUUAAAGAUGAAGCGUCCGCUACAGGCAAGGGCCCCGAAUCGACCGAGAAGGUCCCAAAUACGAUUAGCUGGCGCGGACGCAGCGCGAACAUUGUCGACGCUGCUGUUGGGCAAGCGCUCGCCUCCGUGACCGCAGCGGAAGGCCGCCUAGCCGAAUACCUAGCCUCUAACACCGAUAGCACAUCCCGCGACAAAGCAGCGGCCUAUGACGAUGUUCUUAUCGCCAGUCAAGACGCCACUGACUCGACGCGCCAUGCCAUUGAGGAACUGGAGAAGGAGGGCGUGAAUGAGGGGGAUUCUCGAAUGCAGGACCUGCGUGUCACAAGCCUGGCAAUCAAUUACGCGCUGAUUGGCUGGCGUGUUGGCCGGAACCGUGUCCUUAUUGGGAGCGAAGAUGGCUUGAAACUUGAUGCGGCGAAAAUUAAAAAACCUCGCGCGAGAAGAGAUGGCAAGGAAUGGGUUGAAAAGGAAGAGGGCAACGGACGAAAGCUGGCCAGACUAAGGGAACGUGUCGUACUUUACGACUCGAUCCUCCAGAGCAUCGAUUCGGUGAAGGAUUUAAGAGGUGCAAUGAGGGAUGCCGGCUUUAUUGAAGAACUUGAUGGGAAGCGGGCAUAUUUCCAAGCUUUGAAGUGCCUCAACAUAGCGUACUCCCACGCCUUGCUCUCUAAUUCUAAGAACGCUCUCGCCCUUUUCGCUCGGGCUUUGGAUUUGUCGUCGAAAGCCCUUUCCACCGCAGCAGCAUCAGAGCCGACCUCAUCAGGACCGCCCAAGCUCGACGUCAGCCCUGAGGCCGCAGAGUCGGUCCACAACCAUUUGCAAGGUCUCACGUCGCAGUUCCGCGGGUUGGUCGAAUUGCAAAAGUCAUCGUUGGCCCACAGCACCGCCAAUGCAAAGGAUGCGAUGAACUUAACCCCUAUUGUGGAAUGCUUGAACGAAUAUCCCGUAGGCGGAGUCAAUCUGGAUAAGCUGAUUCAAUGGCCACCCAGGCUGCAGCCCGUGCCUGUCAAACCACUUUUCUUGGACGUGGCUUGGAACUACAUAAGAUAUCCUGGACAGGAGGAAGAAGAAGCCGUGACCCAAGUUUCUGAACAGAACGGCGGCGAGGAUGUAGAAGAACAACCCAAGAAGCGGGGUUGGUUCGGGUUUGGUCGAUGAGCAAUAACGCCUGGAACGAAGAAUGACUGCUGGUGUUAGUAAGAAUAGAGGUCCGCCGUUCUUGUCCAUUUCCCCAUCUCUAAUGAGACGGUGUCCUUGCAUUUGUAUGUUGGUUAACAGCAGAGGACUCCGGGUAGGUUUUGAACGAUGACAUUAGUUGCAACUACGAUCUCCGGGUCGGUCCAUAGUCGACAAAAGAUUUGACACCACAACUCUUUCUAUGAAAAUGCAGUU